UAUGGAAAACUCAUUUCUUCAACUAAAUUUUUCAUUUCAGAAUCAAUUAGGAAUUAAAACAAUAGCUAACAACAACAUUUCCGGUGCCCAACAAAAUUUAUUAAACCUUCAAAAUAUCUACAACAAUCCUUCCUUAAUGAAUACUAUUUUUGGGAACAAUUCUUUAUUUAAUAUUUCUUCAUUUCAACAGCCUUCAAUACAAAUUCCACCAAAUAAAAAUACAGAAAAUUUAACUAAUACAGAAAUUAAUACCCUUCCCCCAACUUCUACUACUCUUAUUUCCCCGAAAUUUCUUCCUCCAACUCUUAUUUUUGCUGGCCAAAGUCAGUUAUUAAAAAUUUAA